AUGGCUGGUGCGGGCCGCCGCCGCCGCCGCCCCUGCCGCCGCCCGCCGCCACUGCCGCUGCAGCAGCAGAAGCGCCCCCGGCCCGGCCGUCGCGCCGCCCCGGCCGCCGCCGCCGCCGCUGCAGCCGCCGCCCGGGGACUGAGUCGCUCGUCCGCUCUCGCUUCCCCUUUUCCAGGCUCCCAGAGGCUGCGGCAGCCGCGGCGGCGGCGGCGGCGGCGGCAGCGGCGGCGGCGUCUCUCCGCCCCUCUCCCGGCAGGCCCCGCCCCCGCCCCAAGCCCCGCCCCGCGCCGGCCCCACGCUGCCCUCUCCCCGCCUCGCCGCCCUCAACGACGCCACACCAUUGGCCGAUACUGCCCCACGUGCCCUAACGCUCCGCAGCGUCGCCCCGCCCACUGCGCGGCCUGUCCCCACCCCCUCGGUGCGGACCGGUUCGUGUGCCUGGGUCUAAAGGUUUUGGUGGCGCCACCAGGGAGAGAGCUACUGGGGAGAGGGAGGUGUGAGUACGACGGAGGUGAUAAAGUCACGGCCGCUGACCCUGGACGGGGAGGAGAGGAGAGGACAGUGAGGAGCGGAAAUGCACAUGCGAAGUGUAUGGCAACUAUUUUGCAGCCGUCCAGGCACGAAAAGCUCUGUCCCAUAAGCCUGGUAGCGGUGACGCUCGUGCAGAGCCGAGGAGACCCGGGACCGCGCGAGCGGCGGUUUCCUUGGGCCAUUAGGCUCCGCCCACGAAGGCAAUGCUGCUGGCUCCGGGGACCCAACCGCAAAGCAACCGGCUUCCUCGACGUAGGCACCGCCUACCUUACGUCUAGGGUUUGGAUCCACCGAGGCCGAGCCCAUCAGCUGCUUACGAGAAACUCUUUUCAACCUGAAGAGACACAGCGCAAAAGCUUCAGAAAGUGCCUGAAACUGACCAGACUCGCUAGGCCCCUCCCUGCUGGAGUAGCCAAUAAAGGCUGAGUGGCCCUCACAGGGGAGCAAGCCAAGCUGUAAAGACUCACACCAGACCAGGUGCCUGAAGAGGUUUAGAUCAACUGAGGCACCUGGAAAGGACACCCUCUGAUGUGUUGAGCCACCUGCAGGCCGUGUGGUGUGCUCCACGUGGUGUGGGUUUGGUGGGUGGAGCUACCUUUGAGUCAUUUCUGCUCCUGUGAGUAACCCCAAUAAAGCUUACAUGAUUUCACCAA